AUGAUGGCGAAGGCAUUGCUGAUAAUCGGCACGCUAUGCUCCUUCGCGAGCGUAGGAGCCUUUGUGCCGACAUGCCCUAGGAUCGCUUCUCCCUCGGCAUGCGCCAGGCCGAGCUCCGCGGGUAUCAUGAGCCGCGCGUCGGCGCUGGCGGACAACAGGGUACGUAUGCAGCAAGAGCUGCCUACGACACCCGCUGGUGGCCGUGCCGCCCGCACUGAGCUGUUCUCGACUCCGGCGGCUAGUGGUGACAAGGACGCCGCGCCAUCGCCUGCCUCAGCCGUGGAGAAGGAGGCCAAGGCUUCUCCGUCUAUGGUGAAGGUCACCGCGUACUUUGGUCUGUGGUACCUCUUCAACAUCGGGUACAACAUCUACAACAAGAGGGUUCUCAACAUCCUCCCGAUGCCCUGGUUGAUGGCGAGCGCCCAGCUCGGGAUCGGGUUGCUGUACGUGUUCCCGCUGUGGCUGACGAAGCUGCGCAAGGCCCCUAAGCUUGCCGACGGUGCCCUCGGACCGCUCAGCCAGCUGGCGGCUCUGCACACGGUGGCGCACGUGACGGCGGUGCUCUCCCUGGGCGCCGGCGCGGUCUCCUUCACGCACAUCGUCAAGGCUGCCGAGCCCGUCUUCACGGCAGGGUUCUCCGCCGCCCUCCUCGGCCAGACCUUCGCCGCCCCGGUCUACCUGUCCCUCCUACCGAUCAUCGCGGGAGUGUCCCUGGCGUCCCUCAAGGAGCUCUCCUUCUCCUGGGUGGCGUUCGGCAACGCCAUGGGCUCCAACACGGCCUCCGCGCUGCGCGGCAUCCUGGGCAAGAAGCAGAUGGGCAAGCCGGUCGGGGAGAACAUGAGCCCGGCCAACCUCUACGCCGUGCUGACCGUGCUCGCGUUCUGCUUCCUGUCGCCCGUGGCGCUGCUGGUGGAGGGCAGGAAGGCCAAGCCCGCGUGGGACGCGGCCAUCGCGGCUGGCGCCACGGCGAAGGGCUUGUCGUCGACCAUCCUGCUGUCCGGCCUCUUCUACUACCUCUACAACGAGGUCGCCUUCCUCGCCUUGGACUCCGUCAACCCCGUCACGCACGCGGUGGGCAACACGAUCAAGCGCGUGGUUAUCAUCGUGGCGGCGUGCAUCGCGUUCCGCACGCCUAUGACGCCGCUAUCCAUCGCCGGUUCCACUAUCGCGGUGGCCGGCACGCUGCUGUACUCCUUGGUGAAGGCACACUACGAGAAGAAGAAGUAGAUUUAGAGAUGGAAAACCCGGACGGCCGGUUCCUCCUCCCCUGCGUGACCUCUUGACGACGGGGUGUACGCUAGAAAGGAGGGGAGUUUGAGGCCACACGCCUUGCGUUUUGCGCCCCUUCUCGAUUUGAUCGAGAGGCACAACUCGGGGAAGAAACCUGCGGAGAUAAGGCCCCUCGCGUUACUGCUGUGGUAUCGUUGUGUUUAUUCAAGGACCGGUUCAUGUCACGUAGUUAUAGAGACGAGGGGGCCAGCACUUGUUUCAGGCCCGUUUUUUAAGACUCUGGGAUUAUCCGUCUGUAGCUCUGUGCAGACAGAUAGGCUGAGCUGUGGGUGGGGUUGGGUGGUAGGGGGCUUAAGUUAGAACAUUGACCUGCACGGUGGUUUCAGGGUGGCUUGCGAUAUUCAGUGCGAGUCGGGGGGGUAGAGUAAUAUUUAGGGGGAGAACGGCUAUCUUUGCUGUCAUGUGGAAGGGGGGGUUCCGAAAACUUCGGACAUAUGCGGGUUGCAUGGUAGACUGUGCGCUGGUCACGCGGUGCUAAUUAUAGAGACUGGCACGUCUGGCGGGUGUGCGCCCUGUGUACUGUGCUUGCACCAAGUGUGGCGACAAUUGAUGUGCACGUGUGGCCUCUCCCACUGAUCCCGUCAUAGGUAGGGAGACCGGGGCCCUUUCGAUAUAUGGUUAGCAUAGACUAGGUGUCCUUUUACGGUUCGGUGUAUCGAUUGCAAGAGACGACGCGUUAUCCGCCUCGUUCUGGCAGUUUUGUGGGUACAGUAUCUUGUUCACACGUGGCUCUUAGAGGAGCGAGGAUGGCCAAAUGCUGAAAAGCUGAAGCAAUGGGACGUUCGUGCGGUGGUGACACAGAGCUAAAAAGGCUUCGUGGUGGUCUUGCAUGGCGUGCGUUCGGGUUAGCACCUCGCUUGCACCACGGUAGCUACAACCGUGCAGCUUGAUGAAGGGGGGGGGGCGUGAGCCAGCGUUUUUGUUUCUCCCCGUUUUGUCCUGUCCGCGGGGAAGCGGCCGCGUGCCGCUGUUUCACGCAGGCCUGAUGUCUUGUUGCUGUCUCUGACUAUGGCUUGCUUUGUUCGGGCUGCUCGUCACACGCGUGACCACAGCACUUGUCCUCACCGUCAACAAGCAGAGGGGGGGAGGGGGAGGUACGUGAAAGACUGCAGGGCAUUGCACAGGCGCAGGAAAACAUGUUUUUAGUUUUGCUCGGUGCACCUUAGACGGGGUAGCGGGUGUGCCAAUGAAACAAGAAUUAUGGGCAUAAUUUUCUUUUUUUUUCGUCGAGCGUUUGUUCGUACUACCGAUACUGUCGCUGUUGUAGAAAGUCUUGCGGGUCAACAUGCAGAACAGUUUCUUGCUGGACUGGCUUGCGGAAUUGCGUGACGCGCGUGGGGCCCGAUAUCUCGUGGCAAGCGGUGGAGGAGUCGAAGGUGUUCUUUGUCCUUCUUGACUUGGCCGUCCCUGCCCAAGCAUCUAGCGUCCAGAAUGCCUAGGAAAAGCUUCGCGGGAAGAUAACGAGUCCUGACUGG